AUGAAUUAAGCGGUGUCGAAUUCUUACAUCUUCGUAUGGCUGCUGAUAAAUUUCUUCCUGAAAAGGUCAUAGAUAAUUUGCAAUUAUUCAUGGAACAAAAACUAGAGGAAUUUGUACAGAAUGAUGCUGUUGGCAUGCUUCAGGAAGUCUUUAAACAUAACAAUAGUAUAUAUAAUCCAUUACGUGAUUCCUGUCUUCGUCUCAUUUGUAGAAAUCCGAACGCAUUAUUUGAUCACCCAAACUUUACUCAAUUGGACGAAGCCCUUUUAUUAAUCGUUUUGCAACUGGAUGAUCUUGGUAAAUUAAGUGAAAUUACUAUUUUAACUUAUUUAAUCAAAUGGGGGAUGGCUCGAAUAUUAAAUGUUACAACUAAAGAUAUAACAAAAUUGCAAAAGUCUGAUUAUAUUGAGUUGCAAAAAAUUAUCAUGGAUUGUAUUCCUCUUAUUCGGUGGUUCCAAAUUCCAAUAACUGAAUUUCGGCAAAAUUUAUCGUGGAUCGAAAAACUAUUACCUUCAAAACUAUAUUUAGAUAUCGUAAAUUAUCAUUUUGACAAUACCAUCACACCCGAAUCUGUUAAAAUUUUGCCAAUAAGAAAUCUACCACCUAAAGAUACUCAAGAAAUUCCUAAAAAAUAUUUAUAUACAUCAGAAAUUUCUCCUGACAAAUUAAAUGGUGUUGAAAUCUUACAACUUUUGGUAACAGCUGAUGAAUUACAACUUCAAAAUCUUGUUGAUAAUUUUCAAUCUUUUAUGAAUCAGAAACUUGAAGAAAUUAUGCAUUAUACUACUAUGGCUCAUUACGCAAAAUCGGAUAAAAAUUUUUUAUUUUUUUUCGAAAGUGCUGAUGAUUUAAGUCGUUCAAAUUUUGCACGUGUUAAAAAAGACUCUUAUGCGGUUGAAUAUAGUUCUUUAAAUGGUCCUAUUUUUGGUCAUUCUGAUUACAAAGAAGGUUAUGAUAUGUGUAUAUACAAUAACAUGUUAUCUUUUGGGAGACGUAGUUGUUAUCCUGAUUCAAAAAAUUUUCCAAAGUUACCAAAAUUUGAAAUAGAAGAUUAUGAAGUUUGGCAAAUUACUUAUAUAAAUAUACACAAUUAUAAUUAUUAA